UCUGCGCUUCUCGCGGCUGCAGCUGUCGCCACGGCCGCCGCAGCCCGGCCGCCUCCUGGCUCGCCUCCAGCCUCGGGAAGGGCAGGGCUAUUCAGAGGCUUGGCGGGAAAAAGAGAACAGAGGGAGGGAUCGUACGUAGCACUAUAAAAGCCGGUUUUCUGGGCUUUAUCUAACUCACUGUAGUAAUUCCAGCGAGAGGCAGAGGGAGCGAGCGGGUGGGCCGCGAGGGUGGAAGAGCAGAGCGAGCCGACGGAGCCUAGCGAGCGGAGCCAUCCUCCGGGCGCCCGGGGAAGGGAGGUCCGGAGUGAAAGGGGGGCCUCGCCUCCGACCCACCUGCCUCCUCCCUUCCCGCCGACCCCUGCCAGCGGUCCGCAGCCGCCGCCGCAUCCACCAAACUUUGCCCAUUGCAGUGGGCGGGCACUUUCCCCUGGAACUUACAGCACCCGAGAGAGAACGCGACUCUCCGGACGCAGAGGAGCUCUUCUGCCUCCUUGGGGAGACGCUUCUCCCUGCCGCUGCCCAGACCCGCUCCCCUGAAAGGCGUUCCUCGCCGCUUUUUGGUCGCUGGAUUUCCUUCGGGUAGUGGAAAACUAGCAGGCCGCCGCGAUGCCCCUCAACGUCAGCUUCACCAACAGGAACUAUGACCUCGACUACGACUCGGUGCAGCCGUAUUUCUACUGCGACGAGGAGGAGAACUUCUACCAGCACCAGCAGCAGAGCGAGCUGCAGCCACCGGCGCCCAGCGAGGAUAUCUGGAAGAAAUUCGAGCUGCUGCCCACCCCGCCCCUGUCUCCGAGCCGCCGUUCGGGGCUCUGCUCGCCCUCCUACGUCGCGGUGGCGUCCUUCUCCCCUAGGGGAGACGACGAUGGCGGCGGCGGCAGCUUUUCCACGGCCGACCAGUUGGAAAUGGUGACCGAGCUGUUGGGAGGAGACAUGGUGAACCAGAGCUUCAUCUGCGACCCGGACGACGAGACCUUCAUCAAAAACAUCAUCAUCCAGGACUGUAUGUGGAGCGGCUUCUCGGCCGCCGCCAAGCUCGUCUCCGAGAAGCUGGCCUCCUACCAGGCUGCGCGCAAAGACAGCGGCAGCCCGAGCCUCCCCCGCGGGUCUGGCGGCUGCUCCACCUCCAGCCUCUACCUGCAGGACCUGAGCACCGCCGCCUCCGAGUGCAUCGACCCCUCCGUGGUCUUCCCCUACCCGCUCAACGACAGCAGCUCGCCCAAGCCCUGCGCUUCCCCCGACUCCGCCGCCUUCUCCCCAUCCUCGGACUCUCUGCUCUCCUCCGCCGAGUCCUCCCCGCGGGCCAGCCCCGAGCCCCUGGCGCUCCACGAGGAGACACCACCCACCACCAGCAGCGACUCUGAGGAAGAACAAGAGGAUGAGGAAGAAAUUGAUGUUGUUUCUGUAGAAAAGAGGCAGCCCCCUGCCAAAAGGUCAGAAUCAGGGUCAUCUGCUUCUGGAGGCCACAGCAAACCUCCCCACAGUCCACUGGUCCUUAAAAGAUGCCACGUGUCCACCCAUCAGCACAAUUAUGCAGCACCCCCCUCCACUAGGAAGGACUAUCCUGCCGCCAAGAGGGCUAAGUUGGACAGUGGUAGAGUCUUGAAACAGAUCAGCAACAACCGCAAAUGUACCAGCCCCAGGUCCUCAGACACGGAGGAGAAUGACAAGAGGCGGACACACAACGUCUUGGAACGCCAGAGGAGAAAUGAGCUGAAACGGAGCUUUUUUGCUCUGCGUGACCAGAUCCCGGAGUUGGAAAACAAUGAAAAGGCCCCCAAGGUAGUUAUCCUUAAAAAAGCCACAGCAUACAUCCUGUCCAUCCAAGCAGAAGAGCAAAAGCUCAUUUCAGAAAAGGACUUCUUGCGGAAGAGGCGAGAGCAGUUGAAACACAAACUUGAACAACUAAGGAACUCUUGUGCGUAAGGUGACCUAUUGGAGGGAGGAACUGGAAUUUCUCUUGAAUUCUCACUUGUUGCUAAGGGAAAGUAAGGAAAAGAGUUCCUUCUGAGGAAACUGCAGCAAUUCACUGCGAAUGAACUUCUUUCAAAUGCAUGGUUAAGUGCAAACCUCACAACCUUGGCUGGGUCUUGGGAUUGAAAGGUUUAGCCACAAUGUAAACUGCCUCAAAUGGGACAUUGGGCAUAAAAGAACUUUUUUUAUGCUUGUCAUCCUUUUUUUUUUUUCCUUUAACAGAUUUGUAUUUAAGAAUUGUUUUUAAAAAUCCUGAAGUUUACCCAGUUUUCCUGUGUAAAUAAUAAAGUGUUUAUAGCAGUUAUACAAAAUUUCCAAACAUACUAUAAACCAUAAUUUUUUUUUAUUUAAGUACAUUCUCCUUUUUAAAGUUGAUUUUUUUCUAUUGUUUUUAGAAAAAAAUAAAAUACCUGGCAAAUAUAUAAUUAAGCCAAA